AUACAUGCAUUUGGCAGGCAACUAAACCUAAAGAGCCUCUCUGAACCCAUAGUCAAAUCACCUUAACACUUCCUAAAGAAAAUAUCACUUGAAGCUAUGCAAGUAUGUGCAGAAUAUACCGUAACUAGUGUUUCUGCAUACUUAUAUAUCUGAAACAAUCCUUUGUAUAAAUUAUUAUAACAUUAUUUCUAUGCAUAGCUAGUAGAUAUUGUUUUGUGUAACCAAUUUCUCUUUAUAAAAGGUGAUCAUGUAGCUGAAUUUCAUACUGAGGUCUCCAUUCUCGAAAACCACAAAUUCCACUGAAGCCUUAGAAGUAUCUGUAUCAAAUACUGAAGCUUAUAAGUUAAGGGAUACCUAAGCAAGACCAUAGGUUCCCAGAACACCAGUAAACUUUUAUGAGAACACUUUUUUGUACAUGAAGAAUAAACAAAGCUUGUUAAGGUGCAUUUAGUGUUUUUAAUAAGGUCAAAAGGUUGUCUCUGGAAAACAUUUGGAAAAACUAUCAUAGACACCAGCUUCUGACUUAAUUACAUGCCUUUUCCACCUAACCAAUUACAUACGUUAGGAGACUCCACUUUACAACCUAAAGAAGGUGCUAAGGCAAUCAACACUGGUGAACAAGAGACUAGCAAGACCCACUACUGCAGUGUUAAUCAGAAAAUCAAGUGAAUCGACCAUGUCUCAAAACAAUCUCAAACACCCCGUGAUACCCCCAAAAAGGCCAGGCUUUAGGGUCUGUUAUAUAUGUGGAAGGGAAUUCGGCUCAAAAUCAAUUGACAUCCAUGAGCCAAAAUGCCUGGAGAAAUGGCAUAUUCAAAAUGAGAAAUUACCAAGGAAUCAAAGGAGACCAGCACCUCAGAAACCAGAAGCCCUGUCUGCUGGCAGUGCAUAUGAUGUUGAGGCUAUGAACGAAGCAGCAUGGCAAAGUUCAAAAGCUCAACUUCUUCCCUGUGAAAACUGUGGCCGCAGGUUUCUGCCUGAUCGUCUCGCUGUUCAUCAAAGGAGCUGUAAACCAAAGCCAGGUGCCUUGGGACCCUCGAAAACACCAAGUAGUACCACCCUGGAAACUUUGUCCGAAAGCAUUUCAAGCUCGUCUCAAAAAGCACAACCCAAACCCCGAACCUUAGUUUGUUACAUCUGUGGAAGGGAAUUUGGGACACUAUCGCUUCCGAUCCAUGAACCAAAAUGCCUAGAAAAAUGGAAGAUUGAAAAUGACAAGUUAUCAAAGAACCUUCGCAGGCCUCUCCCACAAAAACCGCAAGCCAAUCAAACAGGGGGGGCCACAAGGGAAAAACAAAAUGAGGCUGCCUACCAGAGCUACAAGGAUCAGCUUCUACCCUGCUCUAACUGUGGCCGCACCUUUGCACCUGACAGGCUCCUUGUCCACCAGAAGAGCUGUAAGAAUAAAACUACUGGUCUCAGUGUCAAGACAGUCUCCCUCACUAAUGAGGUGACAAGUCAGAAUAAUCAAGGUACCAUCAAGAAACAAAAUAAUGGAACCUCCUCCAAACAAGCUGAGAAGCCAGCAAUAGUAAGACGGCCAGCAACUGUUGUUUGCUACAUUUGUGGACGGGAAUUUGGAUCCAAGUCUAUUAGUAUCCAUGAACCACAGUGUUUGAAAAAAUGGCACAUUGAAAAUAGCCAGUUGCCAAAGAGUCUCCAAAGAACAGAACCUAAAAAGCCUGAAGUGAGCGUGGUCACAGCUACAGGCUUCUAUGAUCUUGAGGCACAAAACCAAGCAGCCUGGCAAAAUGCCCAGGCCCAGUUGGUGCCUUGUGAUAUCUGUGGGCGGACUUUCCUGCCAGACAGACUGACUGUCCACCAGCGAUCUUGUAAACCUCGAAAAUAAAGUGGUACUACCACAUACCCUUGAUGAGAAAUUAUACAGUAGUUAUUAAAGAUGGAUGGAAGGAAAAUCUGGAAGACAUAAACUGUCUUGCACAUUCUGAGUUUUUUUUUUUUUUUUUUGUGUGUGUGUGAGACAGCUGUGAACAUUUACAGAAUUUUCCCCAUUUGGCAUUUGUCAGCAAUUAUGUCAUCAACUUACUUGUUUAACUUUGCAGUACAACACAAUUUAUGUAUUCUUUCAUUGACUGAAUCAUUUGAAGUUUAUCUUAUGGGCUUUUUUUUCUAAAGAUUUCUACAGUGUGUUAAAUGUUUAGUUAAUUGGUACUGAUUUUUAAAAUCAGGUAUAUAUAACAAGUGGCUGGUUAACGGUGGUUAAAGAAAAGGGCAUGUAACCAGGAGGUCCCUGGUUCAAAUCCCGGCUCACUCAAGGACUCACUGUGUGACCUUGAGCAAGUCACUUAACCUCCUUGUGCUCCAUCUUUCGGGUGAGAUGUUGUUGUAAGUGACUCUGCAGCUGAUGCAUAGUUCACACACCCUAGUUUCUGUAAGUUGCCUUGGAUAAAGGUGUCUGCUAAAUAAACAAAUAAUUCAUUAAUAAACAAAUAAUAUAAAUACUAUUUUUAAAAAAAUAAUGAUUAUGUGGGACUUAUAUUUAAUGUAUUGUACAGAUGUGGUCAAUAUAAAAAGGACAACAUAUCCAAGGUAAAAUUAGACAAAUAUUUUGGCUAGUGCCUUCAGCAUGACGGACUGCAAUAAAUGGUGUCAGUAACAUAGAGCCCCUCCCCCCUCCAACAGUAUGCAUGUGUCAUUACCAUGAAAAUGUUGUUUCCCAUGACCUACAUCUACUGCAUUAUUAUAGCAAAUGCUUAGGCAUGCAAUUGUUACAUCAAAGUAAGAGAAGCAGUUGCCAGGAUACAGCUUUCAAUAGUUCACCCACUUAGGCGACAGUACUGUAAUAAAUAAUGAGUGCUUUCAUAGUUCUGAUUUUGAUGAAACUGGAUAGAUGUAUAUCCUGAUUGUAAUGUAGAGUAUGUGUAGAUGACUGGAGUACUAGCCACAGACCAAAGAUCUAGACAGUAUUUGGUUUGUUCACAAAACUGUGGAAUGGAUUAAUGAUUGACCACCAAAUUCACCUGGUUGGUUUGGAGCAGUGGAAUUAAGAUGAAGAGUAUUCAGACAGUGUUUUUCCUUUGUUAUAGAACCUUUUAAUAUUUUGACCAAAGCUGUAUAUUCUAUAUGUUUGUGUAAAAUGGGAGUAAGUCACUUAACCUCCUUGUGCUCCGUCCUUCGGGUGAGACGUAAAUGUAAGUGACUCUGCAGCUGAUGCAUAGUUCACACACCCUAGUCUCUGUAAGUCGCCUUGGAUAAAGGCGUCUGCUAAAUAAACAAAUAAUAAAAUGCUGUAAUCAAAAGUGAAAUGAUACAAUUAAAACCAAUGACUUUGUUUACAUUUGACAUUGAUGCUACUAUACAGCUAUAUUAGUAUGAAAGUAUAUAUGUAACAGUGCUGUAUGUGAUAACAUUACCUUAAUAAGUAUAGAAGACUGUUAAAUCUAUUGUUUUAUUGUCUCCAUGUGCCAAAAAGUUCUACACUAAUUCACUUUACCAUCCUUUAAAUGUACUUUAAAAAAUACACAGUAACACAUCUCUAUGUACAAUAAGACUGUAUUGAUUUUUAAAUAUCAAAAUAAACAUAAUCCUAUUUUAUCACUACA